UCCUUGUGUUCUUUUCAAGGAAACUCCAUGGAUAGUGACCAAGAAAGAAAGAGCUUUCUGCAAGACAUGCUGCACGUGGUUUUGCUAUCAUCAACAAGAGGAUUCCAGCCUCUGCUUGGACCAGUCAUGCCAAUUUCAAGGAGAAGAGAGAUAAGCCGCGGGAAGAGGGUUGUUGAAGCAGAUUCUGAACCUGCACAAGAAGAGGCUGUUGAAAUGGAGGAAGAAGAAGCUGUUGAAAUGGAGGAAGAGAUCAAACCUGCUAAGCCAGCCAAAAGGGAUAAGAAGAAGAGGAAGCCUCCUACUCCCGAGGAGUACUAUAGCUAUCUCAAGACACUGGAGUUCGAAGGCACAAGACAUCCUCAUCGGGAAACGAUGGCUGCUUUGGGAAUCGCUGAAGAUAUCGACUACCUUGCUGAGAUGUGCGGUUUAAAAACCUUCCUGGGGUAUAGUUUCGAGGGUUAUCAAGAGGAGACCUGCCAGCUCCUAGCCACUCUUGACGUACACUUCUACGCGGAUGAACAAGAAGAAGAGAAUGGGAGAGGUUUUGGAUACAUCACGUUCUCUGUCAAGGGAAGAGACUACUCACUAACGAUCAGGGAGCUUAAUCUCUUGUAUGGAUUCCCGAGCAAAGAGGGAUUGGUUCAAGAUUUCGAUAAGCGCGAACUCCAAGCCUUCUGGAAGACAAUCGCCGGACCAGGAGAUUACAAGCCUUCGAAAAGCAAGAGCUCCUCUAUUAGAAGCCCAGUGGUGAGGUAUCUACACCAGUCCAUUGCUAGCAUGUUCUUUGCAAAGAAGAUCACCGGUACCAUAAGUGAAGGUGAACUGCAGCUUCUGGACUUAGCUCUCCUAUUCACCUUAAGAAACACUAGUGAUGGAGCAGAAAUGGUGGGAGAUAGAGGAAAUGCUCCUCUAAUAGCCUGUGUUCUUGGAUCAUUUAUUGGGAUACAAGGAUUCAAUCACCCUGAAGAAGGAACUUCUAGGCUGCUUCUACCAUGCACGAAUCACACCACGAUUAGAGCUGGUGAGAACAUCGAUUUCUGUCCACCAUCCUUCAUUCUCUACGAUUCACAAGUCGCCCCUGCCUCUCCACCGCCUCAAGCAAUGCACGAGGACGACCAGGAGCAAACCCAAGACGCUCCUGAUGAUUAUGCACCAGAGCGGUUCUUCUUCGAGGAAUACAAAGCUCCUAGGCAGACCAAAGGCGAGAGAGAAGCUCACAAGCGCAUAGGACUCCUGCAAGGAUUGGGAAAGUUUCAAGGGAAGGCGAUGCGAGGAUUGUCCAAGAAGGUAGACUCAUUGACCACCAUGGUGAAGAAGAUGGCGCUUCAGAUCACAGACCUCCAGAAGAAGUCCAAGCAUUCUCCAUCAUCAUCAGAAGAGAGAGGUACUUUGAGAAGAAGCGGUUCCUCAAGCAUGGCUCCACGACACGCGGUAAGGGCUGAUCCUCCAAGAUAUUCAUCCUUUGAACCACGCCAGAGGGAAAGCCAAGAAGAGUCUACACCACUCCCCAAACGUUCGCAAAGCCAUCGCAGGAAAGCGGAAGGUUCAGAAGCCAAGUCCAGAGGCAGACUCGACCAUGGAGCUCGAUGACACGUCGAGACAGCACGUCGAGCCUGC